UGCUGUUUCAUUUUUUAAAGGACCAUUGGGUAGCAUGCGUGUUUAUGUGUCCAUGUGAACUCUGUUUUUCAUGCAGUCAGCUGAGCAAGUUGCAAGACAUUUCUCUGAGGAACUGUGCAGUAAGUUGUGCUGGUGAAAAAGGAGGAAUUGCCAAAGCAUGUCCUAAUAUUAGAAAGGUAGAUUUGUCAAAAAACCUGUUGUCCUCGUGGGAUGAAGUGAUACAUAUUGCUGAUCAGCUCAGACACCUGGAAGUUCUCAAUCUCAGUGAAAAUAAACUAAAAUGUCCCUCUGGUUCAGCAUCUCUAACUGGAACAUUUUCAGCACUGAAGGUUUUAGUCCUCAAUCGGACGGGAAUAACGUGGGCUGAGGUGCUCCGGUGCGCCUCUGCGUGCCCCGUCCUUGAGGAGCUGUACCUCGAGUCUAAUAAUAUUGUCAUUUCAGAAAGGCCAACUGAUGUCCUACAGACUGUCAAGUUGUUAGACCUUUCUUCUAAUCACUUAAUUGAUGAAAGUCAGCUGUUUCUGAUAGCAUAUCUGCCCAGAUUGGAACAACUAAUUCUCUCUGACAUUGGAAUUUCUUCUAUACGUUUUCCGGAUGCUGGAAUUGGGUGCAAAACGUCAAUGUUCCCAAACUUGCAGUACCUUGUAGUAAAUGACAAUCAGAUAUCACAAUGGUCAUUUAUCAACGAGCUAGACAAGUUACAGAGUCUGCACGCUUUGUCCUGCAUCAGAAACCCCCUGACGGAAGGCGACAAAGCAGCACAGACCACGCGGCAGCUCAUCAUCGCCAAGGUCGGUCAGCUGAGGAUGCUGAACAAAUGUGAGAUUCUACCAGAGGAAAGGCGUGGGGCUGAGCUCGAUUACCGAAAAGCUUUUGGAAAUGAAUGGAAAAAGGCUGGGGGACAUCAGGAUCCAGACAGAGACAGACCAGAUGAAGAAUUUCUUGCAGCCCACCCUAGAUACCAGUUGCUCUGCCUUAAAUAUGGUGCACCCGAAGAUGGGGAACUCAAAAUACAACAACCAUUUAUGCUCAAAAACCAGCUACUAACACUGAAGAUAAAAUGCCCUAAUCAACUUGAUCAGAAAGUCCUAGAGAAACAACUACCAGACUCCAUGACAAUUCAAAAGGUGAAGGGACUGCUGUCACGUCUUCUCAAAGUUCCUGUGUCAGACCUUCUGUUGUCCUAUGAAAGUCCCAAAGUAAGUUGCCCAGCAAAAUACAAAGUCACGCUUACUGCCCCACAUUGUGGCAUUAAUUGUCUCUGUAGUUUGAUUCUAAAUGGGAGCCCAUAUAUGCUUGUAUAUAUGAUGUCUUUAAGGGUAACCUGCUGCUUGGGGGAGCAUAUGUGUAACAUGCUUUGUCAGAUCUGUCUCAAUCACACCUCUCCCCACCUUUGUUCUAAUUUCAGAUGCCGGGCAGAGAAAUUGAACUGGAAAAUGACCUACAGUCAUUACAGUUUUAUUCUGUGGAAAAUGGAGAUUGUCUGUUAGUGCGAUGGUAACAACCAGCGACUAGACUGCUUAUCAUGUCUGGGGUUCACCGAAAAUAAAUGAUUUCUUGGAACAAUUCUGUCAAAAAAUGAAGUUUUACAACUUGCCCUAAGUAUAACAAAGGAUGUAUUUUUUGUCGGGAAGAGAUCAUUUCUAGGCUUGUAUAUAUAAUAGCAAUAAUAAAGGCCUUGAACCUACUA